AUGUGUGACCAGCUUAUAAAGGAUGUUAUCAUUGAAACAUUAACUGAGGUUCCUACAACGAUCUCCACCACUACAUCAACAAAUCUUCCUACAAGUCCAUCCCUUGAUGAUACAUCAAGCAGCUUUACAGAUGUUAUCAUUGAAACAUCAACUGAUGUACCUACAACAACCUCCACGACCACAUCAGCUGAUGUUCCUACAAGUACAACCUCCACUACCACAUCAACUGAUGUUCCUGCAAGUACAAGCUCCACUACCACAUCAACUGAUGUUCCUACAAGUACAACCUCCACUACCACAUCAACUGAUGUUCCUACAAGUACAACCUCCACUACCACAUCAACUGAUGUUCCUACAAGUAUACCCUCCACUACCACAUCAACUGAUCUUCCUACAACAACCUCCACCACUACAUCAACUGAUGUUCCUACAAGCACAACCCUCACCAGUACAUCAACCAGGACAACUGAUGUUAUCAUUGAAACAUCAACUGAGGUUCCUACAACGAUCUCCACCACUACAUCAACAAAUCUUCCUACAAGUCCAUCCCUUGAUGAUACAUCAAGCAGCUUUACAGAUGUUAUCAUUGAAACAUCAACUGAUGUACCUACAACAACCUCCACGACCACAUCAACUGAUGUUCCUACAAGUACAACCUCUACUACCACAUCAACUGAUGUUCCUGCAAGCACAAGCUCCACUACCACAUCAACUGAUGUUCCUACAAGUACAACCUCCACUACCACAUCAACUGAUGUUCCUACAAGUACAACCUCCACUACCACAUCAACUCAUGUUCCUACAAGUACAACCUCCACUACCACAUCAACUGAUGUUCCUACAAGUAUACCCUCCACUACCACAUCAACUGAUCUUCCUACAACAACCUCCACCACUACAUCAACUGAUGUUCCUACAAGCACAACCCUCACCAGUACAUCAACCAGGACAACUGAUGUUAUCAUUGAAACAUCAACUGAGGUUUCUACACCGAUCUCCACCACUACAUCAACAAAUCUUCCUACAAGUCCAUCCCUUGAUGAUACAUCAAGCAGCUUUACAGAUGUUAUCAUUGAAACAUCAACUGAUGUACCUACAACAACCUCCACGACCACAUCAACUGAUGUUCCUACAAGUACAACCUCCACUACCACAUCAACUGAUGUUCCUGCAAGUACAAGCUCCACUACCACAUCAACUGAUGUUCCUACAAGUACAACCUCCACUACCACAUCAACUGAUGUUCCUACAAGUACAACCUCCACUACCACAUCAACUGAUGUUCCUACAAGUACAACCUCCACUACCACAUCAACUGAUAUUCCUACAAGUACAAGCUCCACUACCACAUCAACUGAUGUUCCUACAAGUACAACCUCCACUACUACAUCAACUGAUGUUCCUACAACAACCUCCACCCCUACAUCAACUGAUGUUCCUACAAGCACAACCCUCACCACUACAUCAACCAGGACAACUGAUGUUAUCAUUGAAACAUCAACUGAGGUUCCUACAACGAUCUCCACCACUACAUCAACAAAUCUUCCUACAAGUCCAUCCCUUGAUGAUACAUCAAGCAGCUUUACAGAUGUUAUCAUUGAAACAUCAACUGAUGUACCUACAACAACCUCCACGACCACAUCAACUGAUGUUCCUACAAGUACAACCUCUACUACCACAUCAACUGAUGUUCCUGCAAGCACAAGCUCCACUACCACAUCAACUGAUGUUCCUACAAGUACAAGCUCCACUACCACAUCAACUGAUAUUCCUACAAGUACAAGCUCCACUACCACAUCAACUGAUGUUCCUACAAGUACAACCUCCACUACUACAUCAACUGAUGUUCCUACAAGUACAACCUCCACUACCACAUCAACUGAUGUUCCUACAAGUACAAGCUCCACUACCACAUCAACUGAUGUUCCUACAAGUACAAGCUCAACUACCACAUCAACUGAUGUUCCUACUAGUACAACCUCCACUACCACAUCAACUGAUGUUCCUACAAGUACAAGCUCCACAAUCACAUCAACUGAUAUUCCUACAAGUACAGCUUCCACUACCACAUCAACUGAUGUUCCUACAAGUACAAGCUCCACUACCACAUCAACUGAUGUUCCUACAAGUACAAGCUCCACUACCACAUCAACUGAUGUUCCUACAAGUACAACCUCCACUACCACAUCAACUGAUGUUCCUGCAAGUACAAGCUCCACUACCACAUCAACUGAUGUUCCUACAAGUACAACCUCCACUACCACAUCAACUGAUGUUCCUACAAGUACAACCUCCACUACCACAUCAACUGAUGUUCCUACAAGUACAAGCUCCACUACCACAUCAACUGAUGUUCCUACAAGUACAACCUCCACUACCACAUCAACUGAUGUUCCUACAAGCACAACCUCCACUACCACAUCAACUGAUGUUCCUACAACAACCUCCACCCCUACAUCAACUGAUGUUCCUACAAGCACAACCCUCACCACUACAUCAACCAGGACAACUGAGGUUGAUCACUGCAAGAAGCUGACCUGCACUGUGGAUGAGAAGUGUGGAAAGAGAGACCAGAUCUAUGGCUGCCUCUGUAAUGAGAAUCGUAACAGAUCAAAUCCUGACAUCUAUGACGCUAGGCAGAUCUGUGAGGGCAACUCGGGCACUGUGUCUCUGUCUCGCUGUCAGCUGUUUGAAGACGGCUUCUCCGCAGGCAAGCUCCACCUCAGUGACCCCAGCUGUAGAGGAACCAUUCAGAAUGGCAGAGUGGAGUUCCUUUUUGAUAGUGAUGACCACAUUUGUGGGACGAACCUUCGGGCCAAUGGCACCCAUGUAAUAUAUGAGAACUUUAUUCAGGUGGACUCAACAGCUGGGCCUAUUCUCAGAGAAAAACAGCUCAACCUGUCCUUCGCUUGUGUCUACUCAUAUACCAAGAAUGUCUCCAUACACAUUACACCUGUAAUGAGCAUUAUACACAAGCAACUUCCUCCUGGCCAGGGAAUGUACCGGGUCAAGAUGAUUCCCUAUGAGGACUCUGGCUUUUCCCAACCUCUCCAAGGCAAAGUGAAUGUGAAGGUAAACCAACCACUCUAUGUGAGCGUGGAAGUAGAGGGAGUGAACGGCCGCCAGAUUGCCCUGCUGCUAGACUCAUGCUGGGCGACACCUGUCGAUGACCCCGAUUACUAUCUCCGCUGGGAUCUUAUUUUGAGAGGGUGUCCCAAUCCAAAAGACGGAACUGUCCAAUUGGUUGAGAAUGGCAUCUCCACCACCAGUCGUUUCACUUUCAGAAUGUUUGACUUUAAUAAGGGCACCUCCAAAGUCUUCUUGCACUGCAACAUUCACUUCUGCCUCUUGCGCGGCAACAACUGCGCACCGCAGUGUAAGUUUGGAUUCCACAGGAGAACUCGGAGCAUGGACUUCCAUGACAGUGCCUCCAUCUCUAUAGGGCCUGUUAACUCAAUAACACCGACAUUUAGAAACCAGUCCAAGUGAAUGGCUACGGAUGUGUUUCAGUCAGCGAUUGUUGUCUCUAUUGAUUGUACAGACCUUCUUCACUUGGCUCUCUAAAAGACUUAAACUACUCUUUUUAUUUAAUAUUCCUUAUUAAUCAUCUUUAAAAUGUACCAAAACAGUUUUUUAUAGGAAAGUGAUUUAAGUGUUCAAGUUUAUUACUUGGAAAUCUCACAGAGGACUGCGAAGCACAGAGCAAGCCAUAAGCCAUUGUCCUUUCAAAUAUGUAUUUCUAUACAUCUAUAUUUUGCUCAUUUA